GUCGGCAGCUUCAAUCAGGCUUACCAUGACAGUGUUGUCUAACUUCUGAUUCAAAAAAGGAGACCAGGACGCAAACGUGCCACUGACAGCAGGCACUGUUUCACAUACGGGAAACCACCACUGUGUCACUUACUGAUAAUUCACUACAGAGAAACUGCUAAACUGGGACCAGCUGGAGGAACAAAAUGGGUUUGUGGACAGCCCUGAUUCUGGCCUCGCAGCUGCUAUUAAAACUGAGCUUACACGUGGAAGCCCAGUUAUUAGUCUAUGAUCUGCUCACCUCGCCUGAUUGCUUGCCAGACCUGCUGCAGGGGGGUCUGGCUGAGCAAGGGGUGAACGAGGCUUUCAUCCUAACCUCCUUCAAGUUGCAGCCGAGGACCGGAACCACUGUGUUUUCCCUGUACAACCCCAGGGACAACAGCAAGUACUUUGAGUUUACUGUGAUGGGGAAGCUCAACAGAGCUGUGUUACGUUACUUGCGGAGUGACAAGAGGAUGAGCUCAGUAACCUUCAACAACCUGGUGCUGGCAGACGGCCAACAACACCGACUGUUGUUCCACCUGAAGGGGAUGCAGCAGCAAGGGCCAGGCGGGGUGGAGCUGCAUCUGGACUGCAGGCUGGUGGAGACAGUCAGGGAUCUCCCUGCUGUCUUCCAGGGCUUGCCAGCAGGCUAUGGUUUGGUGGACCUGAAGACCAUGCAAGCAAGAGAUCAGGAGAGUUUAGAUGAGCUCACGCUGGUGGUUGGGGACACGUUUGAGAAUGUUGCUUCAUUGCAAGACUGCCAUUUCCAACAAAGAGACUCCGUUCAAACUCUGGGUGAGAUUCUUUCCGUGGAAGCAAAUCAGCUGUCCAAUCAAAUGCUGGAGUUAACGAAGGUGAUAAAUGAGCUGAAAGACGUCCUCAUUCAGCAGGUCAAAGAGACCUCAUUUCUCAGGAAUACCAUCUCAGAGUGUCAGGCCUGCGGUCUGGGUGGUACUGAGAUAGUGAAACCCAGGUGUACCCCAGGUGUCUGUUUCCGUGAUGAUAUGUGUAUAGAGACAGCGGAUGGUGUCGAGUGUGGACCCUGUCCUGAUGGGUACACUGGGGAUGGUUUCAACUGUGAUGAUGUGGAUGAGUGCCAGUUUAACCCAUGCUUCCCUGGAGUGAAGUGUGUGAACACCGCCCCAGGCUUCCGCUGUGACGCCUGUCCGCUGGGCUACACAGGCCUGGCAGUGGAGGGUGUCGGCGUUUUGUACGCCCAGACCAACAAACAGGUCUGUGAUGACAUUGACGAAUGCAAAGGACCCAACAACGGAGGCUGCGCUGAAAACUCUCUCUGUCACAACUCUGUGGGCUCUUACCACUGCGGCAGCUGUAAGACAGGUUUCACAGGAGAUCAGGUGAAAGGCUGUAAGCCAGAGAUCAGCUGCGGCAACAGCCUCACCAACCCCUGUGACAUCAACGCCCAGUGUAUAGCAGAGAGGGACGGGUCAAUCCAUUGUCAGUGUGGAAUUGGCUGGGCUGGUAACGGAUACCUGUGUGGGAAGGAUACAGACAUUGACGGAUACCCAGAUGACAAACUCAAGUGCAAAGAUUCAAGCUGUAGAAAGGAUAACUGCAUGUUCGUUCCAAACUCCGGUCAAGAGGAUGCCGACAGGGAUGGCCUAGGAGACGCCUGUGAUGAUGACGCAGAUGGUGACGGUAUACCAAACGAGCAGGAUAACUGCUGGUUGAGGCCCAACGUGGACCAGAGGAACAGUGAUAAGGACAGCCAUGGAGACGCCUGUGAUAACUGUCGCAUGGUGGAGAACCCUGACCAGAGGGACACGGACGGUGACGGCAAAGGGGACGCCUGCGAUGAUGACAUGGAUGGAGACGGCCUGAAGAACUUCCUGGACAACUGCCAGCGUGUUCAGAACAGAGACCAGCUGGACCGGGAUGGAGACGGAGUGGGAGACGCCUGUGACAGCUGCCCAGACAUCCCCAACCCAAACCAGUCUGAUGUUGACAAUGACUUGGUUGGGGACUCCUGUGACACAAAUCAAGACAGUGAUGGAGACGGUCACCAGGAUACCAAGGACAAUUGCCCGUUUGUUAUAAAUAGCUCCCAGCUGGACACGGACAAAGACGGGCUGGGUGACGAGUGUGAUGAUGACGAUGAUAAUGAUGGGAUCCCUGACACUAUGCCACCAGGACCAGACAACUGCCGGCUGGUACCAAACCCUGAACAGAUUGAUGACAACAAUGAUGGAGUUGGAGACAUUUGUGAGUCCGACUUUGACCAGGACAAAGUGAUUGAUAGGAUUGACAACUGUCCUGAGAAUGCUGAGGUCACCUUGACUGACUUCAGGGCCUAUCAGACGGUGGUGCUGGACCCUGAGGGCGACGCCCAGAUUGACCCCAACUGGGUUGUUUUGAACCAGGGAAUGGAAAUUGUUCAGACCAUGAAUAGUGAUCCAGGACUUGCUGUUGGUUACACUGCUUUCAGUGGAGUGGACUUUGAGGGCACGUUUCACGUAAAUACAGUAACUGACGAUGACUACGCCGGCUUCAUCUUCGGCUACCAGGACUCAUCCUCAUUCUAUGUGGUGAUGUGGAAGCAGACUGAACAGACCUACUGGCAGGCAACACCCUUCAGAGCUGUGGCCGAGCCUGGCAUCCAGCUUAAGGCUGUGAAGUCUCGAUCGGGCCCCGGGGAGCACUUGAGAAACUCACUGUGGCACACAGGAGACACCAACGACCAGGUGCGACUGCUGUGGAAAGACCCCAGAAAUGUAGGCUGGAAAGACAAGGUAUCCUACCGUUGGUACCUGCAGCACCGCCCACAGGUCGGAUACAUCAGGGCACGGUUUUACGAAGGGACUGAGCUGGUAGCAGACUCUGGUGUGACCAUUGACACAACAAUGAGAGGAGGAAGACUCGGUGUGUUCUGUUUCUCUCAAGAAAACAUCAUCUGGUCCAAUUUGAAAUAUCGUUGCAAUGACACCAUCCCAGAGGAUUUCCAGGAGUUCAGCACUCAGCACGGCGUUGACUCACUCUGAAAUCGAGAUGAAAAUAUGACACCAGAUCUCUGAAGACUGCUUCUGUGUGUGAAUGUGUGAGUGUGUGUGUAAGUGUGUGUGUGUGUGUGUGUGUGUUUGAGUCUAUCUGUGUAUUGAUGUGUACAGUUUUAGUGCAUAUAUGACCACAAUCUUUGUACUAUAUGUGCUUAUUAUCACGGUUGUUUCCUUUUCACAAUUGUGUCUUCCUGUUUAAUCAUCUCUUAAAGAUUCCAGCUGGGCUUGUCAAGCUGAAUAUUCUAAGUUGUGAUUUUUAUGAUCCAAAGUGACACAAGAAGAAAAACAUGCAACAUAAGAUGACAUACUGCAACAUAACAUAUGGCUAAUAAUGGACAGUUUCCCAUAUAGUUCCAAUAUAUUUUUAAAGUAAAACGUUUUCAGUUCAUGUGAAGCAUUAUAAUCAUGUUCAAACAACUCAACAAGAAAAGUAAUUGCUUUGGAUCAGCUUCAUGUUGACAUUUCCUACAUUUUUACCACAAACAGGUUGUAUUUGUUUAACCAUCAGUGGUGUACUUUUGCUCCUUCUAUGAAGAGGAGACCAGGUUUUGUAUGAAAUUCCCGACUGUGCCUUGUGUCACUUACUGUAACUUAAAGCUCAGUGUAAUCAUGUUUUCUCUUUUCAUCAUUUGAUACUCAACAGCUUGAUCAUUUCAUAUCGUUGUAGUCAUGAACCUGGUCAAAAUAAAGGGCUUUGAUGUUGAUUUAAAAGGUGA